AUGAAGGAUGCGAAACCGGCUAACACGCCAAUGGAUAGCGGUUACCUAAAGUUGGACGAUGGUGGUGAACCGUUUGAAGACACAACUCUGUAUCGCAGUUUGGUCGGAGCACUACUAUACAUUUCUGUUCAUGCCAGACCGGAUAUAUCUAUCAGUACCUCCAUCUUGGGACGUAGAGUAACUUGCCCAACCGCUAGUGAUUGGGCGGCAGCCAAAAGGAUUGUUCGUUAUUUACUCGGAACGAAAGAUUGGAAGCUUGACUUUACCGGGACAGGAGGAGAUCUCAUUGGAUAUUGUGACGCCGAUUGGGCAGGCGAUCAGCAAUCUCGAAAAUCGACAAGUGGAUUCUGUUUUCUUUUUGGAGGAGCGGUUGUAUCUUGGACCAGUCGUCGUCAGUCGUCGGUUACUUUGUCAUCGAUGGAGGCUGAGUAUAUGUCGUUAAGCGAAGCAUGUCGGGAAGCCGUAUGGUUAGGGAAGCUUCUCUGCGAAAUGGGAAGCAUGCAGAAAACUGCGACCGUGAUAUAUGAAGAUAAUCAAGGAUGCAUUUCGUUUGUGCGGUCCGAUAGAGCAACAAAGCAUGUAGAAACUCAGGAGCAUUUUGUGAAGGAGCUGUGCAAGCGGAAUGAAAUUCAGCUCGUUUAUUGUCCUACCGAAGAAAUGGCAGCAGAUAUUUUGACAAAGCCCUUAGGUACCUUAAAGCAGCGUAAAUUCGCCGAGAUGAUUGGGAUGACCUCAGUGCCAGUUUCAGGAGACACUAAAUGA